UUCACGGAGCUGCUGGUCAGUCAAGAAAAAAUGAAUUGGACAUCUGCUGAAGAAUACUGUGAGGAAUUGAACGGUCGUCUGAUCGUUCUAGAUAGUCAGGAAAAGUUGGAUAACUUAACAUCUCACGAUCAAUACAAGGCAAAUUAUAUGGACGAGGAAAGGUACUGGACUGGUAUGAGAUUCAAUGACUCAGUUAGGUGUGACCUGACUAAGGACUCUAACCCAUGGGUGUAUACCGGCUGGGGUAGAUGGGAAAAUGAAGAUAAUGAACCUAACUGGUGCCCUCGCCAGCAAUGUGUCAAAUUGGGACUUAAUUUGAUGAGUUCGGCUCUUUGUAAAUCCAGAUAUCGAGUUUUAUGUGAAACAGAAAUGGUUCACACAACAGCAGUGCAGGAUCAGACAAUAACAUCAUCAACAGAAUUAGUGGAAGUAAAUGAUACCAGAUCUACGGAUACAUCCACAGAUUUCAGCAUAUCAGAACCUGAACCAUCGUAUACUGUUUCUAUUGCGACUUCUAGGACGGAAGCGGAUAUGACGUCAUAUGAUCCGACAACAUCUGUUAUGUCAGCUAUAACAACGGGAGCGGCUCUUGUCCCUUUUACAGCAGAAAACCACACAUGUGGUAGAUGUUGCUCCUCUCAGAACGUAACUUCAAGAACACUUGACCAAUACGAGCUUGAAGAGAGCAUUGCCGCGUUAAGGGCCCAGUUGACAGUAAACAAAACCGAAUUAUCUGCCUACAAGCGUAAACUCAUCAGCGUGUAUGACUCUCGACCCAGUAGUGUAGUCAUGGGAAGUGUAGCUUGUGCGAUUCUGGUCACGGUUAUAGGAGUGAUAGUGUUACCAGACGUAUUGGCACUUGGUUUGUUCAUGUGUAGACGUUUACAGACUCAACACAAGAUCUUGAUCAUAUAGUCUGACAACGACCACUUGCCACCUUGUGUAGCGAAACUUAUCAACCAAAAGAAAACAAAGUGUUCAUGGAAAAGUAACAUUUGCUUCGGAAAUGUUUUAGUUAGAUAUUCUAUUUAUUUUGUCGUGUUCAUAGGGGGAAUUGACAGAGGGCAGCGAAGUUCUUGGUGGAUUAUCUCAUUAUAUUUGGACUUGUAUAUAAAACAACACAACAUCUUGAUCAUUUAAUAUGGCAACGAUCACUUGCCACCUUGUGUAUCGAAACAUAUCAACAAACAAAAGGUGUUCAUUGAAAAGUAGAAUUUGCUUCGAAAAUGUUCUAGUUAGAUAUUCUUUUUAUUUAGUAGUGUUUAUCAACAUAAUCAAUUUUACGUCACGGCUCAUUGGUGAUCUACUGAGUUACAUGAUUAUUAACUAUAACUGGUGAAAAAUAUAUUGAUACAUGGAAGGUCUAUACGCUGUAAGUAUUUCGCUUUCCUCCCAUGUUCUCACUGAUCGACUAAAUGUCCCAAUAUUCUAUCGAUUAUUUGUGCUAAUAACUUUUUUUCUACGUUGUUUUAUAUGAAUUAUUGAGGCAUUGUUAGGUGUAUUGGGAACAUGGAUCUGCAGAAUGUAUAACUUAUGAUACGUGUUACAGUCAUGUGAUGUAAAAUCAAUAACAAGUAAAUCGAUAUCUAAAUGGAUCGAAUAUUGAUGGAAACGCUGAUAUUUGCACAGAUCAGUUAGGUAAAGUUCUUUUUUGGUAGAAACUUAUACCUAUUAGUCAUAUAACAGUGAGGUUAUUACAGAAUUUUUUGGAUAAUGAAGAUGGAGGUAAACUCUACAUCUCAAAUUCGCUAAAAUUAUGUCUGUUUGGAAUGGAAAACAUAUCAAAAAAGUUAAGUGAAACCUGAUCCAACCAUGGCAUCCAACUGAAAAUCGGUAAUCUAGAAUAACAUUUCACAAUUGUGGGUUUUAGAGAUGUCCGAGAGGAGACACACUGUUGGACAGAUAAUUUGAUACCAUGAGUUUCAUAGUGGUUGGAAAGAAAGGAUACUGAUGGAUUGACGGAUUAAUACCUCUGGAUUCAGGUUUAUCAGAAAAUAAACAUAUAAACGUGCAAACAAAUUGACGUAUCGGGUUUCAGAGAUUUCGGAGUCAAAACAUACUGAUUGAUGGACAACAUAGCCAGGAUGCUAAAUAAUCAAAUUGGCUUAGUUACUGGUUUACCGUGAGCCCGUCCUUUGCUAAGUUUCGUCUUAUUGACUAACAAAAGUGUUCUGUCGGCCUUACAUGUAGUUAGUUCUAGGUUUACCGCCAACAAGAAACAAACUAUUACUAGGCCUCAUCGGCUUUUGUCAGUGAAUUAUCGGCGUUAGUUAGCUAGUUAGUUACAUGUUUACCGCCAACAUGACCUCGUCUUUUGCUAGGUUUCGUCUCGUUGACUAUUGUCAGUGUUCUGUGGGCCUUAGGUAGUUACUGGUAUACAUUUAACCGUCUACUGCUAGUUCUCAUCGACUAUAGUCAGUGACCUGUUGGCGUUAUUUUGUUAGUUCUAGGUUUACCACCAACAUUUAACCGUCUAUUGCGUGUUCUCAUAGACAAUUGUCCGUUAUCUGAUGGAGUUAGUUACAAAUGUAGUUACAUGUUUGUCGCCUACACGAGCCCGUCUGUUGCAAAGUUUCAUUGGCUAUUGUCAUAGUUCUGUCGAUGUUUACCUAUUACGAUCAGCUUCCCUAUAUACCGAAUCAGCAUGAUCCAUUACAUUUUAUCAUACCCACUUAACACAUAUUUGCAUACUGUGUUUACCUAUAGGGAGCACUGGUGUGUAACCAAACGUAUAAUUGCUUUAAAUAUUUUAUAAAGUUGUGCAAUUGUUUUCUGAGACAGUCAUUUAAUAUCAUCUUUAUUCUCAUUAAGGCUGAUGUAUAUGUAUCCAAAUAUGAACUAUGAAUUCUCAUCUGGUUCUAGAGUUUAGACAAUCGUCUGUCUGAAUAAACAAAUAUCUUUUUACUCUCAUUUGUUGCAAAAAUGUCCAAAACAAUGUCCGUAACAACUGGAAUUUCUCUAUCGAUAUGAAGCAUUGACAGUGA